AUGACUCUAGGCCAGUUGAAGUUCUGGCUCAACAAGAUCCAGGUGCCUGCGGAGCCUGGAUUGUCAACGGCGCAGCUGAUGUUGACCAACGAUGAUCUUCGACCAGUUGAGCCAGAACGCCGUCAAUGGGGAUGGCUCAAUUUUGUUGCGUUUUGGAUUGCAGAUUCCUUAAAUGUGAACACAUGGAUGAUUUCAUCCUCAAUGAUAGUUGAUGGACUUUCUUGGUGGCAGUCUUGGCUAUGCGUUUGGAUUGGUUAUACUGUCGCAGCCAUUUUUGUUUACAUGUUGGGUCGCAUUGCUACCGUCUAUCGCAUUCCUUUCGCAGUAGCUAAUCGAGCUUCAUUCGGGAUUUGGGGGUCGUUUUGGCCAAUUAUCAACCGAGCAGCGAUGGCUGUGAUUUGGUAUGGUGAAUGUGUGACUUUGAUGAUUGCUGCUAUCUGGCCAAGCUACAACAAUCUACCAAAUUCAAUUCCCGCAUCAUCAGGAGUAACCACUAAGCAGUUUGUUAGCUUCCUUCUUUUCUGGUUGCUGUCUUUGCCGGCUCUUUGGUUUCCCAUUUACAAGGUUCGGCAUCUUUUUACGGUGAAGGCAUACUUUUCCCCGGCUUGUGCUAUUGCAUUUUUUGGCUGGGCAAUUGCUCGCGCCCACGGACUUGGGCCAAUAAUUGACCAGCCUAACCAGACGCAUGGCAGUGCUUUGGCCUGGGCAUUUGUGAAAAGCAUUAUGAACUGUAUUGCAAACUUUGCUGCCCUGGUUAUCAACAAUCCUGAUUUUACGAGAUAUGCUCGCGACCCCAAGGACGCACUAUGGCCCCAGCUGAUCACAAUUCCUGUUGGAUUCGCCGUCACAUCAUUCAUUGGGAUCAUUGUUUCCUCGUCGUCCAGUGUUAUAUUUGGCCAAGCUGUUUGGAACCCCCUUACCCUUCUUGGUAUGUUUUUGAAGGAUGCAAGCUCUGCCGAGCGAUUUGGGAUCUUUGUUAUUGCAGCUGGCUUUGCUCUUGCACAGCUAGGGACGAAUAUUGCAGCCAACUCUGUGUCAGCUGGUACGAAUCUCACAGCUCUUCUCCCUCGGUUUUGCACGAUUCGACGAGGGGGAUAUCUGUGUGCGGCGAUCGGUCUUGCCAUGUGUCCUUGGACCUUGGUUGGAUCUUUGAGUAAAUUCACCCUGUACCUCUCUGCGUAUUCGGUAUUUCUUUCCGCUAUCGCAGGGGUCAUGGCUAGUGACUACUAUCUAGUCCGUAAGGGCUUUCUUGAUGUCCAAGCGCUGUAUAGCGCUAAACGAGAUGGUCUUUAUUACGGAACCUUGGGGGUUUCCUGGCACGGUUAUACCGCCUAUAUAUGCGGUAUCUUGAUCAAUAUUGUUGGUUUUGCUGGCGCCAUUGGUGUCAAUGUUCCUAUGGGAGCCAAGUACAUCUAUAAUAUUAACUACUUUUCGGGGUUCGUUGUCUCCGGGGCAGUGUAUUGGACCCUAGCCUGGCUGGUUCCUAUUCCUGGAGCAAGUGACACAUGGAACGAGAUACCCUACGAACCACAUCACAUGUCUGGUGCAGAAGAGAAGAAGGUGGAAGAUGUUUAA